AUGCAGCAAAAGUCGGUCACGCUUCUCAAAAAGAUAGAUUCUACCAUCUACCAGAUCCUUGAUAAGUUUCAGGACUUGUUUGAAAAAGCUGUGAUUGACGAAAAACCAAAGGAGCUAUUGGCUGUGGAGAAUGCCGCUAUGGAAUUCGACGCUCUGACGAUAAUAAGGCUUUGUAAGGACCUCCUAGGAAUAACUCGCGGACUUCGAGAAACAUGGUGCUUGGAAACUAUCAAAGUAGAAGCUAGCGAUGAGAAGAAUAAGGACGCAGAAGAUGAAGCCACUAAAGAAGUGUUCGUAAAGUUUAACAAGCUCAUAGACCGGAUCGCCGCUUUGGAAAAAGCAUCGGUAUGA